UUGAAGUAGUUUCCAUUCACUCCGUAAAAUAUAUAAAGCGAGCACAGACAUACAGCAUGUUAAUUUACAGCUGAAGCUCUCAAAAUUUGAAAACUGCUUAGCUUUUACGCAAACAUUAAGUAACUAAGAAUGUGUAGCUCAUCAUAUAUGUUAAUACUCUCUCUUUCUCUUUUUUCUCAAGGUUUUCUAAUCUCACUGUCAAAAUCCCUGCAAAAGGUAGAAGAUGAAAAUAUGUUGCUAAACACAUUCCGGCUAGGAAGAACCCUUCGAAGUGGGGAUAGAACACAGUAUAGAGGAGCUACACCUUUGCUCAAACAUUACAAGACUGAAGACAGUAGCUUUUUGGAUGAAGAGGAAGACAGAACCCCAAAGUUCUUUGACAUAGGUUCCAAACAUGAUUUCCUGAACCAUGGUAUGGCAAUCAACUUAGGUACAAAGCAGCUACCUUAUCUUGCACUGAAGGGAGCCAUGGCUUUUCCAGCUGACACUGAAAUUCAGAAUAUUGAAUCUGCACAGGAAAGAAGAAACACUGAGGAUGAAGAAAAUUCAGCUAAAUUCCCUAUAGGAAGAAGAGAUUUUGACAAGCUCCGGUGCAUGUUGGGAAGAGUCUAUCGACCUUGUUGGCAAAUCUGAAAACUACCGGUCUACACCACCUUCUUUGAAGAUCGAACAUUUCAUUUUGAAUUUAACGGAACUUGAAGUUACUGUGUUUUAGUAUUGCUAUAAACAUUUACAAAUCUACAAAUACUUCCACAUUGUAAUGUGGAGAGAAACAUGAUUCAUUGCCAAAAAAUAACUUAGCUGUCAUUACUAAUGAUGUAUUAUUAUGAAAAUAAAAGACAUCUGCAUAAUCCAGAUUUGUAAAUAUUUGUCUAAUUAUACACAAGCAACUCUCACUUAUUUGAGUAUUAAGGUAUUGAGUAUUCAUGAAUUUCACCUUUUUCUUGCAAAACUACAACUUCUGAAA